GGUGAACACGAGUGAUCGUACUGGCGACGCCGUUCUAGAUAACGACGUGCACCGCAAUCAUGCCGGUGAACUGUGUAGCCUUCGGCUGUCGAAACUAUUAUCGCCCGGGUUGUGGAACUAGCUUUUUUCGCUUUCCGUGUGGUAAGCUUUAUCCCGUUAAGCGGGCAGCCUGGAUUCGUGCAGCCAGGAGAGUUGACAAGUCCGACCCCUCUAAGAACUGGAAGCCGAGUCAGCUGUCCAGACUAUGUAGCGCUUAUUUUAUUACAGGGAAGCCGGCGUUAGAGGAGGCACACCCGGACUAUGUCCCUACACUGUUUAGCUACUCGCGUCCACGGCCGUCAGCCCUCGGUCGGUUUCAACGCUGGUCCUCCAGAUCAUCAAGCCAAGAGGCUGCGACCAGUGGUGAGCCAAGCCAAAGAAGCUCGUGCCCCAGUGUGUCUAAGAUUUAUGCAGAAUCCACAGAUACUGCAAGCAGCUGCGGGGAUGGAGAAGGUAUAAGCAUCAGUUUGAUUUAUUGA